AUGGACGACGAUCCAAAAGCUGCCUUGGGCCAAGGCCUCAAGUCCGACAAUAUCUCAACCGAUAGCGAGAUCAUUCUAACACCUGAACCUGCUUCUCCCGACAAUGCGCCUGCCGAUUCUACCUUGCUUGAUACUCCCGUUCUGGGUGCUACUACUCCCAGGGGUUCGAUGCAUUCGAGACAUCCAUCCUUUUCUGGCAGCAGCUCCAACCAUGAAGAUUGGGAUGGCCCACCUCUAGAUCGCUUGUCGGUUCUUGAUCUUCUCGAGAACUUUGCCUUGCCACAGCAGCUUGAGAAGCUUCAAAAGGGCAUUACGGCCCAGACAAACAAGGUCCGCCGUUCCAGAGAAGCAAUCAAGACCAAGACACAGUCUGCUCGACAUCGCAUGGUUGAGGAAUGGAGACGCCGAGUCCCUGAAGCCGAUGAGCAGCUAGACAGGUACCGGAAGCAGAUGCAACACCGUGUGGACAAGCUCGGCAAGCGAUGGGGCGACACAAAAGUCAUCAGUGCCCGCGAAAAGGUGUCAUUCAUCUUUGGUGUCAUGAACAUCUUCCUCAGCGGAUACCUUAUCGGCGCUCACCCAGAGCAGUUCCACUGGUGGUACACGGUACAGCUUUUGUACUUUAUGCCUAUCCGAUUCUUCACUUAUCGCCAACGUGGCUACCACUACUUUGUAGCUGAUCUUUGCUAUUUCACCAACCUACUGCUAGCACUCUCGAUAUGGGUGUUCCCGGGUUCUAAGCGUCUAUUUACUGCUUCAUAUUGCCUGGCCUUUGGAAACAAUGCGGUCGCCAUCAUCAUGUGGCGCAACUCACUUGUUUUCCACAGCUUCGACAAAGUUACCUCCUUGUUCAUUCAUAUCAUGCCAUGCGCCACUCUACAUUGCAUUGUUCACCUGCUCUCUCCUGAAAAGCAAAAGGAACAAUUUCCUGCGAUCUGGACUAUCAAGAACUCGCCACCAGGAUCCCCAACAGCCUACGCCAAUGUCGUCUCUAUGCUUGCCUGGAGCACCCUGCCUUAUAUCUUCUGGCAACUCAUGUACUACUUUUUUAUCACUGUGCGCCGCAGAGAUAAGAUCGCAGCUGGUCGACCAACCUCAUUCACUUGGUUGAAGAAAUCGUAUGCCAACACAUGGCUCGGGAAGUUCGUGCUGCGACAGCCAGAGCGUUUGCAAGAGGCUACCUUUAUGCUGAUCCAGUAUUCCUACGCUCUCCUUACUAUGCUGCCUUGCCCACUAUGGUUUCUCAGCCGUUGGGCAUCAGCAACCUUUCUCAUGGUGGUCUUUACUUGGAGUAUUUACAAUGGUGCCACGUAUUACAUUGACGUGUUUGGCGUGCGCUUCCAGAAAGAGCUGGAGGCUAUGAAAGCCGAGGUGGCCCAGUGGCAGAACUCCCCAGAACAUCUGCCGCAGUCGCCUACUCUUGAAGCUCGACCCGAUGAAUCUUCGGCGAACCAGCUCACUCAACAAGGGGUAGCUCCAUCAGCAUCGACUGGUCAGAUUCCCUCUAUGAAUGAAGUCAAUCGCGAGAAGAACAUGAUGGGAGGCACAUCUUUGUCAAAAGAUGAUGCCAACCGGCCAAUGAGUGUGGACAAUAUCCCACUGCUGAACGAUAUGCAAUCUUCUUCCUCUACCGGAGUUGAUAGACGACCUGUGAACAACACAAGAGGCCGGCGGGUGGAUUAG